AUGGCGGUGGGCGGCGAGUUUGGUAUCCUGGAGGGCCGGAGCUUCGCGCUGCUGCACCCGCUCGUCAUGGGCGGGCUCUUUGCAUACACGCUCUGGGCGGGCUACCUCGGCUGGCAGUGGCGCCGGGUGCGAACCAUCCAGGACAAGGUCAACGAGCUCAAGAAGCAGCUCAAGCCCGCCGCCACUCCCUUCGCGGUCGGGGCCGGUGCAGACUCCUGCCCGCCUCCCGCUCCCAAAUCACCGGUGGAGAUCAAGAUCGAGGAGCUCACCGAGGAGCGGAAGGCGUUGAUCAAGGGGUCGUUCCGGGAACAGCAUUUCAACGUGGGGUCCAUCCUGCUCGGCCUCGGCGUGCUCGAGUCCGUCGGCGGCGCGCUCAACACCUGGUUCCACACCAGCAAGCUGUUCUCGGGCCCGCACCUCUUCGCGGGCGCUGCCAUCACCGUCCUGUGGGCGGCCACGGCCGCACUCGUCCCGGCGAUGCAGAAGGGGGACGAGACCGCACGUAGCCUCCACAUCGCGCUCAACGCCGUCAACGUGCUGCUCUUCGUCUGCCAGAUCCCACCGAACUCGAGAUCGUCGGCAAGGUCUUCGAGUUCACCACCUGGCCAUGAGUGA